CGGUGUAGAUAUCUCUGAAAACCUACAAGAAUUUUGGAAGUGUAAAUACAAGAUUUCACUAACUUUUGACCGCGUUUUUAUGCAAAAACCUUCAUAUAUGAAAGAACAACACUUGUACAACCUACACUAAACUUUUUUGUUGCAAGAUUGCACAUAUUCUGGUUAAAAUUCGACGGGAAAGUGUUAUCAUGAGUGAGCUAGAAUCUGCAACAAAAGUUCUUACUCGAGCAGUUGACCUAGACAACAACCACAGGUACAAAGAGGCGUUGAUUUGCUACCAAGAAGGAACAAACCUCUUGAUGCUUGCAUUGAAAAAAGAAACAGACAGUACCAAAAGACUAGCUCUUAGACAGAAACUUGACGAGUACCUUAGCCGAGGUGAAGUAAUCAAGCCAUUGGUCCAGAAUUUGUCUGAAAAACAUCAUGAACGAAUUGAAGUAAAGGAUGGUGAGAGGGGAUAUUGUUAUAAAAAGAUAUUCGAGAAAUGUCUGUUUGGGAAUUUGACAGAGGUCCGAGUCGAAGAUCCAUAUGUUCGCACGCACCAUCAGAUUCAGAAUUUUGUUCGGUUUUGCGAAUUGUUGGUUCAUGUUAGCUCGAUGAAAAAGAUCAAGCUUUUGACAGGUAAAGGGGAAUGAAGCUAUUGGAUCAUAAUUUUCCUGUCACAAGUGAGAAGCAGGUUUUGUCUAGGAUCAACAAGCCUUUUGAAUGAUGGUUUUUAAGGGGCAUUUCAGCCAUUUUAAUUGAAAAAACUAACUAGAAAAAUUAAUUAAGCAUAAUUCAAAUCAGCAAAAUUAUAAAAAACUUUGAGUUUACGUAUCUUGAAUUAUUUUCCUAGUUUGAAUUGAAAUUUUCCCCCACUUUAAUUCAUUACUGGCCCUCUAGGAAGAACAGUUUAGAACUGAUAGAGCUAUCCAGUAUAAAUAAAGUUAGUUUAGGUUUCUUCCUGUAGUAACACUGGAUCAAUAAGAGAUGAUUCUUACUGGACCUCUAUAGGAAGAACAGUUUAGAACUGAUAGAGCUAUCCAGUAUAAAUAAAGUUAGUUUAGUUUAGGUUUCCUCCUGUAGUAACACUGGAUCAAUAAGAGAUGACCCUUACUGAAUCUCUAGGAAGAACAGUCUAGAAAUAAUAGAACUAUCCAGUCACAUUUUGCUAAUGAUCGAAAUAUUUAAUUUACCUACACAGGUCAGCAUCAAGACAGAUCAAUGCAAGCAGAAAAAUUUCAAAAACUAACAGACAGUCUAAAACAAUGUGGUAUCACACUGGAUAUUUCAUACUCGGACACAUUGCACGAUCGAGAAAUCACUUUUGACAAUGGUUGGGUGGUGAAGAUUGGGAGAGGACUGGACAUGUUUAAACCAGUCAAAGAUAAUUGCUCAGUUGGACAUUUUGAUCAUAGUUUAAGAGCAUGUCAUGAAACAACUAUUGACUUGUAUAAAAAUGGUUAAUUUUACUAGGCAUUCACUAUAGGCAUAGAUACAAUCCUCUACAUACAAAACAACUUUCAAUGAACAUGGUUUAGGACAACACCUUUUGAAUUAAGAUAGAUAAAAAUUCUAUUUUGAUUGGGUGGCCUCGUUAAACAAUCUUCAAUCUUCCCUGACUAAAAUAGUUGGUAAAAUGAUUACUUACAUGACCUUGUAGGAUAACUUCUUUGGGUAGCUAAACAAAUUUUAACCUGCAUAAAAAUAGAUUAAUAAUGCAUUUUCUAUUUUCCUCGACACUUUGUACUUCGGUAGUCAACUAAAUAUAAUCCGUUUAUCCCCUCAGGUUGGGUGGUAUUCGGGCCAAAUGCCUCUGAACUUUGUUGGUCAAAACGCAUGUAAAUUACAUCUAUUUAUAGAAUUUAACAUGCUCACCUCUAUACAAGUGAAUUCAAAAUGUUGUGUUAUAGAACCUAAAAAUUUACUCUAGUACCUCCAAGACAUAAUAAGACUGAGGUUAUAAUACUAAAAUAUAAUCGUAUCCAAGACAUAAUAAGAC